AUGUCCUCGAGGCCACCCCCAUCCGUCUCUUCGUCUUUCACGCCCUUCUCCGAUGCAGCGGCAGCGAUAGCUGCGGCUCAAUUCCUCAACAAGCGCAAUGUUCAGGCAAACUCGGCCGUUGACCUCGCCCUCGCUGCUGCUCCUCUCUCUGCUCCCGGUUUGACCUUGACUCCGAGCUCGACAACGACUACGGCAUCUUCAACUCCUCAACUUCCAGCAAGCCAGAUCCGAUUUCACUUUCAGUUCGACACCAUCGCCCCAUCGCCCCCGCCCCCACCUCCCCCCCCGCCGCACUCAUCUUCGCCCGAGGCGGCCUCGAGGCCAGGCCCUUCACAACCCCACCCGCAGAGUCCCUCGGGAGGCACCGCCGCCCUCCGCGUCCAGACGGACCUCAGCCAACUGACGCCCACUUGGGCAGACAAUUCAACCUCUAAUAACACCCUCUCGACAUCCUCCAAGUCGUCAAAGAGACCAACGUUGAGUCUACAACACAAAACCUCAGCCUCAUCGCUCCGCCCAAUCUCUAGGACUCCGAGUGUCAAGACCGGCAGCAUUGCAACCAUCUUUGGCUCACAUUCGGGUGCCAGCUCGACUGUUGGGAGUCCUAUCAUAUCCGCCAUGGGCGACGUUACUCCUUUGCCCUCGCCAUUGCUAUCGAGUGACUCACCAGGACCCUGGAAGCUGCGCCGGCGGACUUCGCGCGACACGCCCUCUCUCCAGCCAGCUCCCGGGGACAGCUCACUGAGUAUGAGCGCUGAGCACUCCCCAACCGCGCCGGCGAGUACUCCGAGUAAGAAGAAAGGAUACUACGCGGGUCUGUCCUCUGGAUCUCGGCCAAGUCUUGGGCCCAGCUCAGGAUCUGGGUCUGGACAGAUCGAGAGUGCUGGCGGAAACGACGUUGGCGCGCGCACUCAGCCGGUGCACACAAGGAAUAGGAGUAUUAGCGACUACGUACCGGACCCAAUGUUGGUUCCGAAGCGCAUGGUGACGGUGUCGGGUUCUCAUAUCAAAGCGGAUAUGCAGACUGUGCCAGCGAGCUACGAGGGUCAAAUGCGCCGAGAGCCUCACCUGUCCGAAGCGAGAGGGCUGACGCCCGUCGACAAGCCACCCACGCCCCCGCCUAGCGAAUCUUCCCUGAGUGCCAAUGAUUCGUCCUCGGCCACUGGGUCCAGUAGUACCGUCACUAACUUGUCUCGACAUGAGUAUUUUGAGGCAUACGACAGGCACGAUAGGAAGCGCCGCCGUUGGAGAUCCGUGAAAAUGCUCGGCCAGGGUACCUUCAGCCGCGUCAUGCUCGCUACAAGUCAGAUUUCGUCGUUAGUUUCCGAUGACGAGGAAUACCGUUCAAAGAGUGGCUCUCAGACACCAGAGCCGCUGCCCUCACACGAACGUCGCACCUUGGUAGCUGUCAAAAUUUGCGAACAUGGCCCUCGUGGGGGCGCGUCAGAGGACAGGAUUGAAAUGAGCCUCAAGCGCGAGUUGGAGAUUAUGCAGAGCAUCCAUCACCCCUCCUUGAUCCACCUCAAAGCCUGGAACAUUGAGCCUUCACGAGCAAUUCUCAUGCUCAGCUACUGUCCCGGUGGUGAUCUAUUUGACCUUGCUAGCGGACAUAAAGAGCUCCUAAGUCCUGGGAUAUUACGAAGGAUUUAUGCCGAACUGGUGGGGGCAGUAAGGUAUCUUCACGGCAUGAAGAUUGUACACAGGGACAUCAAGCUUGAGAACGUCCUGGUCAAUCUUCCGCCCACUGAGCUGCAAUCUGCCGGGGCAGACUGGACGACCUACCCCUAUUCUCUCAUCACACUUACAGACCUAGGACUGGCACGCCGCGUCGCUGACAAUGAGAAGCUGGAAACGAGAUGCGGGUCAGAUGAUUACGCGGCCCCAGAGGUGAUUAUGGGUCAACCAUACGACGGCCACGCAACAGACGCAUGGUCUCUAGGCGUACUUCUUUACGCGCUCUUGGAAUCCAGGCUCCCUUUCGAUCCCCACCCAGCCGUCGGCGACCUUGUGAUGCAAGUGCGGAUGAGGAGCCGGACCAGCCACCGAAUUGCCCGGGUUGAAUGGCGAUGGAUUGAGUAUGGCGUCCGAGACGGAGAAGAAGGCCACGGCGAUCAUGAAGCAGACCUGGCCCGCUUUGAUGCCAAGGGGCUCAGGGGCGCGAUGGAGGUCGUCGAAGGCCUUCUCAAGAGGUCUCGAAGUAGAUGGUCCCUGGCCCAGAUUGCCGAGACAGAAUGGGUCAGGGGCGCUAUUCAGCUCGAGGGCGGUAUCAAAUUCAGAGAAGAAGAGGCAGCUAGUGAGGUAUGA